CUGCAGAUUUUCUUGUUGCCACUGAGCUUCCGUUACUUCACCCUCCCGCAAGCAACCUCGUUGCACGUUAGGCCGGUGUAACUGACCACAUCGCACAAGAGUCCCACCUGGCCUCCAACGCUCAGUAAAGUCAGCCUCGAGCCACUCAAACACCAAGCGGGCCCUACAAGACCACAACCUAUACCUCUGCGACCUUUGCCAUCGGAACAGCAGUAUCUUGCUGGCAUGCAGGACCACCAUGACUUGGCCACACAUUUUGACUGGCCAGAAUCCCCGCCCUUGUCAUCCUCGACAACCGACAGCUGUUACAUGGAUGUGUUGUCCCCACUGUCUCUUGGAGAUAUCUCACAAGCAAGUGCGAUAUUUACACCUGCAACCCUUCUCCACUCCUCGACAAAGUCUGCAAUUCCAUGUCCACAGUAUGGACAACCUGAUUAUAUAACUACCGCCGCUGCAACGCAAAUAUACUACACAAACAUUCCAACCACCACACGCACAACGAGCACCACUAGCAUUGAAUGGGAGUUCAUUGGCGACGCUCAGGCUGAAGCAGCAGCAGCAACAGUAACGGCUGUCUCAGCUGCAACGACACCGACGAGGGGAACGACACCACUAAUGGAUCUGCCAGCGACACCGCAUCCAUCUAAAAGCUCUGAGGAUUCGCGGAUGAAGGACCCCAAGAAUGAUGGCGAUAAUAACGAAGAAAGCAAUAGUGUGGGCAAAGAGUUUUCAUUCAUAGCCGUCAAGUCUUCGGAAUUCCAACAGGCGGGAUCAUCCGUGUCAUCUUGUCAGAGCGAAGUACCAAAUACAAUUAUAGCUCUUAAGCGUGGCCGUGGCCGUCCCUGCCGUUCCUCGCCCAAUCGCACAGACCAUUACAUGGUCAUUGAUCUAGGUUCGACAACGAAUGCGCUUACGACAAUGCCCAUACCGGUCUAUAGCCCAGGCGAGUCGAGUAGAGUCGUGGGGACGAACACGAGGAAAAAUACUCCCUCGCCAUCUUACAUCCUUUCAGCUGCGACUUACUUCCAUCUAAGGCCAUCAAGUACCUCAGAGACCCCGCGGUCUUUACCGUCCCCUCCUAAGUAUCUCUUCGCCGAGCCCUAUCAGUACUCAGAUGUCAAGGUCGAUAGACGCUCCUGUAAUAGCCGAAAAGAGCUCAAGAUUGCACAGGCGAGGGCAGAUCAUGGAAUGCAAUAAACAAAAAAGCGGAAAUUAGAGCACCAACAGCCGACAUUGGUCAGGGUCCUGAUCUAAAAUAGAAUAAGCAAGCAUUUGAGACAAUGUCUUGAUUAGUCGAAAGCACUAGGAAGAGCUGUGCGCUGAAGAGGUUGACUUCGCCAUUCUUGAAUAAGGAAGGAGAGAAAUUCUAUGAAAAGAAAUGAAUACUUCGCCUCCCGCCGGUAGAGUCGCACGUUCUAAAGGUAUUCAAUCUACUGUGGUUUGUAAACAUUGAUCCAGAAGAUUCUUUUGCCGCAUACCAAAUGGCUACAGUAUAUACUUCCCCUGCGGUCCGUUCCAGAGAGUGGAGU